AUGUCUGCGUAUAAGACCAUCUUCUUCCUUGGCGCCACAGGAUACCUUGGCUCUGAGUUCCUUCUCCUGCUGAACCGCGAAUUCCCUGAUCUACAUAUCGUUGCGCUAUUGCGGAACGUGACGCAGGAGAGGGAGGCCCAGCUGCGUGCUUUGUAUCCCAACUCCAGUGUCGUCGAGGGUACGUUGGACGACGAUGCCGUCAUCAGGGAGCAAGCUGCCAAAGCGGACAUCGUCAUUAACUGUGCGAGCUCAGACCACACGCCAAGUGUCAUAUCAACGCUUGCAGGCUUGGAGAUCAAUUCGAAGAAUAACCCUGGGAGGCCCCCUCUUUACCUUCACGUAUCUGGUUGUGGCAUUAUCAGUGAUAACGCGCGGGGUGAACCUGUGGAGUAUGUCAAGGAGUGGUCGGAUAUUGGGUUAGAUUUGAAGGAGUAUGUACUUCUGUUUCGCAGCUGUAAUCGGAGGAAUAUGCACCUCGAUUCUGACAUCCCGAUCGUCGAGGCCGGAUCCCGGAAGGAGAAUCCUGUGCGGACUAUUAUCUACUAUCCUGGUCAGAUUUAUGGCGUUGGAGAAGGCAUCCAAAAGACGACCCUCUGGCUGCGCAUCUUUUUGGAUAUGACUAAGAAGCUCGGAUUUGCUGGCACAUGGGGGCCCGGAGCAAAUACCAUGAACAAUAUCCAUGUUAGGGACUGCGCAAAUGGACUGUUGCUUGUCCUCAAAGCGGCCUUGGAGGGCAAGGCGGAUGAAGGACCUGAGGGUCUCUACUUCUCGGCCAGCAUGGAACCAAAGAAGACCUACCAUGAAUGGACUAAAGUUAUGGGUGAUGUAGGUGUCUUGCUUCAGGUAUUGGACUCUCCAACUCCCCUGCUCAUCGCCGGACCUCCCCGAUGUAGUACCUGCUUCGAGAAAGGUAUUAUUAAUCAGGCUGGCUCCCGGCCCUUGCCUAACGAAGUUGUCGAUCCACUUGGGGAAUAUGGAUGGUCACUGCUUGGUGGAAAUCUGUUUGUCAAACCUGAACGUCUGGCCAAGUUGGGCUGGGAACCCGUGGAAACGAAGAAAACACCACUUUUGGAGAGUCUGCCUUCCAUGAUAGAUGCUGCUCUCCAGGGGUGA